AUGGAAACCGACAUAGAAAUCUAUAAGAACAACAUGAUGGGGCUUUUGUCUGGAAUGGGAGCUGCUUAUUUACUGUACAAACCAAUCAACAGAAGCACUGACACUGAUGAGCACGACAGAAGAAUGUCUAGUAAUGAAUAUGGUUCAUGUGUUGAAGUAGCGCCUGGGAACUCUCACACGAUUCAGGCUGAUGCAUCAGGGCUUAAUAUCAUCAGCAGCUGUGAUGACAUGGACACACAACACUUGCGUAGGCUUUUGGCUAUUCUUAAGCAAAAUCCCAAUCCUACUUUGAAAGUGCUCAUUGGAACAGGUGUUUGUAGAUUGGCUGCAUUUUCUGGUAAUCACGAAUUAAUUCAUUCAGAAGGUGGAAUCAGCAUCGUUGUAGAAUCAUUGAAUGAUCCUCUAACUGAGGUAAAAGUAGAUGCUUUAAAUGCACUUAACUUUCUUUCUAACAAUGUUGCAAAUCGAGAAAUAAUCCAGGAAUAUGUUGAUCAGGUCUGCGAACUGGUCCACACAGCCAUUACAGACUCAGCAUUACAGUUUUCUACUUUAAGGCUGCUCAGUAACCUGCUACACAACCAUCAAAACCAGCUCAAGGUGAAAAGGUCCAUCCCAGAAGUUUUUGAACUGUUGCACAAAGGGUCAACCCAAACCAAGGCUCAAAUUAUGUGUGCAAUACCAGAUAUUCUAAAGGGUCAUCUAACAUUUGUGGCUAAUUUAAAUGAAAGCAGGAGAAGUCCACAUUGUGAGUCGGCUCGCCAUGAAUAUAGUGAAGAGUCCCUUUCUGCCCUGUUAUUUGGAAGCUCCCAGUUUUCAAAUGAACUCUUUUCUUUGAUGACACACCCAGACAAUGGGGUGUUCUUUCUGACUACAAAGAUUUUAACAAAAUUACAGUGA